UUUCUCCAGCAGGUCUUAUUUGUUAAUUUAAAAUGCAGAAAUGAACCUUUUAACUUUACUCUGAAAGCAAAUGUUGACUUUGUUUCAUAGUAAUCUGGACUUUGCCCAGGAGGAGAAAAGCCUGACUUUCCUGAAAAUGGCAGCUGAGACACCCACAGAAGUUCCCAAAACUGCUAAACAAUUCGUCCUUAAAGAAGAGGUAAUUGUAGAAAGAAAAUGGCUGAAGCUUGAAGAAACAACUUACACCGAUCCCUUUGGUAAAAGCAGAACUUGGGAAACUGUAAAGCGUACUGGCAACAAGAAGGGUGUUUCAGCUGAUGGUGUAGCAGUGAUAGCAGUACUACAGAGAACUCUCCACUACGACUGUGUGGUCCUAGUGAAACAGUUCAGGCCCCCAAUUAAUGGUUAUUGCUUGGAAUUUCCUGCAGGCCUCAUGGAGGAAAACGAGACUGCAGAGAGUGCUGCACUGCGGGAGCUGGAGGAGGAGACCGGGUACAAGGGGGAAGUCGUGGAAUGUACUCCAGCUCUCUGCUUGGACCCAGGUUUGUCAAACAGCACAACACACAUUGUGAGUGUUGUCAUUAAUGGAGAUGAGGCUGAGAACACAAGACCUAAGCAAAAACUUGAUGACGGAGAAUUUGUGGAAGUUAUUUCACUUCCAAAGAACGACCUACUGCAGAGAAUUGAUGAACUCAUAGCAGAGGAACACAUUGCAGUGGAUGCCAGGGUUUACACUUACGCGUUGGCCCUGAAGCGCGCAGCAGAACAACCGCUCCAAGUUCCUUUUAUGAAGUUCUGAAACUAGAGGAUGAGAAAUUUAGAUGAAAACUGCACGGUUCAGAAGUCUUAGAUCUGUAACUUAACUUGUCCUGAAGGACCUUUGCUUUACUUGUAGAGCAAACAAAAGUAUUUGCUGGAAUGAUUCUGAUAUUUUUAACUGUAAUUCUGUGACUGACAAAAAGCAUUCCUUUAACUUCUCAGUCUAUUAAGCCUUGACAGAAUAAUCACAAUAAAAAUGCUGUUUAAUUUUCA